GGCUACCGCCUCAGCUGGAAGUCCAGCGGAAGAUAUUCCGCCUGUAAACAACCUUUCCAGUGAACAGCUCUCAGGGGAGGCCGGGGAAAAAGAGGGCCUUACUGUAAUUCCGAAAGAUGAGCCACCAAACGACAACGAAGCUGUUAAAAUCGAAGAGGUGCCGUCUGACGGCGGGGAAGAGGUGGAGGAAGGGGACGAGAAACCCUGUAUUGAAAACGUUGCCGCCGAGGCGCCAGCAGCUCGAGAGGACCAUGAGGAUGAAGCGGAUAGUGGAAGUGGAAUCGCCGAGGUCGAUGGACGUACUGAGGAAACAAGCUCAAGCAGCUGUAGUGACAGCACGGUCGACCCAGGGAAAGAGCUGAAACAGGAACAAAGGGACGAAAAUGGAUCUCCGACGAUCAAUUGUAACGAGGGCAAACCAUGCGAUGAUGCCACCGAAAAAAAUGUCAACGGGGAGAGUGAGCAUGGCAGUAAGAGGCGGGCAAGUGUGGAAAUGUCAUCAUCCGACGGGGAGCCUCUCAGUCGCAUGGACUCUGAGGACAGUGUCAGCAGUACUCUGAUGGACAUGGACAGCACGGCAUCCAGCGGCCGCUCCACACCAGCCAUGAUGAACGGCCAGGCCAGCACGGCCCCUUCCUCGGCUAAGAACGUGGCCUACACCUGCUGCUGGGACCAGUGCCUGGUUUGCUUCAGCUCCAGUCCCGACCUGGCAGAACACAUCCGCAGCAUUCAUGUUGACGGACAACGAGGAGGGGUAUUUGUGUGUUUGUGGAAAGGCUGUAAAGUGUAUAACACACCAUCUACCAGUCAGAGUUGGCUCCAAAGACACAUGCUAACACACAGUGGAGAUAAACCCUUCAAGUGUGUCGUGGGUGGUUGCAAUGCUAGCUUUGCAUCUCAGGGUGGACUGGCACGUCAUGUGCCCACCCACUUCAGCCAGCAGAACUCCUCCAAAAUGUCCAGCCAGGCCAAGCUGAAGGAGGAAUCCCCAUCCAAAGCAGGCAUUAACAAGAGGAGAAAACUCAAAAACAAGCGCAGGAGAUCUUUACCUCGACCGCACGACUUCUUUGACGCACAGACGAUGGACACCAUUCGACACCGAGCCAUCUGCCUUAACAUGGCCACUCACAUAGAGAGCAGGGGGAACGGACACAGCGUCGUCUUCCACAGCACGGUUAUGGCCCGGCGGAAGGAAGAUUCUGGGAAGGUGAAAGUUCUCUUACAUUGGACUCCAGAGGACAUCUUGCCAGAUGUCUGGGUGAGUGAAACAGAUAGAGUUCAGCUGAAGACCAAAGCAGUACAUUUGUCCCAGUUACCACCGGACACUGCUUUACUGCUGGACCCCAACAUCUACAGGACCCUACCCCAGAAGCGGCUGAAGCGGAGGAUGUUUGUCUAGCACGAGGAGCUCAGCAAGCCAUAGCCUGCUGCCGGCUCUCAUCUCCAGGAGACCAUCACAACCAUCGAGAAUUGUGGACAGGGGACAUAAACCUUACCUUUUUUCUUUAUUUUCAAAUCAGCCAUUGCACCAAAGUAUGUGUUGAUUUUGAUUGUGGUUUUGCUAAAAUGAAUGUUUCUUACAUGUUAUA